AUGGAGGUACUUGAGGAUGGUACACCACAAGUCCAUGACUUCGACUUCGAAGAGAACACGGCGGAGGAAAAAAAGCUGUUGAGGAAGAUCGAUUUAUUUUUACUUCCUGCGGCUUGGAUUGUUUACUUAUUAUCCUACAUGGACAGAUCGAAUAUCGGCAACGCGAGGGUUGCUGGCAUGGGUGACGCCCUCGAAAUCGAUGAUAGCCGUUACUAUCUCGCCGUCGUGCUUUUCCAGGUCGGAUAUGUCGUUGCCGAAGUUCCCGCGAAUAUGAUAUUAUCAGUGACGAGACCCUCCCUGUUCAUCCCGGCCAUCAUGCUCCUCUGGGGCAGUGUCUGUGCGAUCCUUGCAGCUGUGCAAACAUGGCAGCAGCUCGUAGCUAUGCGGUUUCUUCUCGGAAUUGCCGAAGCUGGCUUCAGUCCGGCCUUGAUGUUCCUGAUUUCCAGCUGGUGUCGCAGACACGAGCAAAGCAAACGAUUUGUCGUCUUCCACAGUGCGGGCAUUAUCUCAGGAGCCUUUGGAAGCAUUGUUGCAGGCGCAAUUACAGACGGCCUUGACGGGAGAUAUGGCAUUUCCGGUUGGCGCUGGCUGUUCAUUAUCGAAGGCGUAUUGACGGUCGCCGUCGGACUAUUUAUCCCAUUCAUUCUCCUUGACUAUCCCCUGACAUCCAAGAAACUGUCCCCAGAAGAGCGUCAACUGGCAUAUAACCGCCUCCUUGCCGACGGAAUAACCAGCCGCAAUGACGCCCCUGAACACCAGCUUGGACACUGGGGAGCCCUCUGGAUAGCCGUUGCCAACUGGCGUGUCUGGCUGUUAGCCGCCGGAUACAUGACCGUCAUCGGAUCCAUGUCACUGGCGUAUUUCUACCCCGGCUUCGUCCAGCUGUUAGGGUACAGCAGCAAUGAUGCGCAAUAUAUGACCGCCCCUCUAUACGGGGUCGCCCUGGCAAUCGCCAUUCCGAUGUGCAUCCUCGCCGAUCGCUACCCCGGAUAUCGUGGCUUCUACGCCUCAUUCGUACUCUUCGCCUUCGGAACUCUGAUGUGCGCAUUAGCGACAGCCAUCCGCGGCCCGACAGGGCGAUACAUCCUUCUUUGCUUCAUAAACGCAGCUGUAUGGUCCGGGAAUCCACUCACACUAACCUUCACAAGCUCGGUGCUAGGGCCUGUGCAGCCCGAAGUCAGGGCUAUCUCGUUGGCGGUCAUCAAUGGCUGUGCAAACCUAGCCCAGCUAUAUGGAACGUAUAUAUUUACGGUUGCCGAGGCCCCAGACUAUGUGAUGGGGUUUGCGGUCUAUUCUGCGAUUUUUGCAGUGGGAGGAAUGAUUUACCUUGCGGGAUAUUUUGUCUUCAGGAAGUGGCCGUAUAAAGCCAUGGAAGUAGCUUGA